AUGCCGAUGUUCAGCCAGAGUUUCAGGUCUGGCGCAUUAAUGUACCAUGGAUUUGGACUGGAUCAGGAGAAGGAAUGCGGACGACCCACGGCUGCGUCCGGUACCGCGUGUGCCCGCUCUUUUACACACUUUAGAGUUGCCACGUUACCGCUUUCUGGCAGCAGUGCAUCUGCUCUAGCACGGCUCCAGUCCACUAAGUCGAAGGACCGCAAGAAUCAUCCCCCUCGUACGAGGAAUCGCGCCAGGGCAGCUCCGUAUUGGAGAUCGGCAAACGAGCAGACGGAUCCCCUGUUGGUAAGCAAGCAAUCAGCGCUGCCCAUGAACACCCGCAACAGAGGAGUUACGAGCCCAUAUUUUGGUGAACAUAUCGAAGGUGGUAUUGGUAAUGGAGGAGCUGGUGGCAAAGAAGGUGCCGGUGGAGCUGGUGGUACAUUUCAUUUCAAUGGAAACCCUACUGGAACUUCAAACGUAGACAACGGAAGCCACGGUGUAGGCUUGGCUUUCGGAGGCAGCGUUGCUUCAGGAUGCACCUCGGCCUGUACGCAGAAUGUGGGCCCCAAUGUCAUAUUACCAAAUUCCCUCAUUAUACUACCAGUGACCCCGGAACACUUUCUGUAA